CUCCGGGCCCGAGCUCCACUUGUUGCUCCUCGGCCGCCCCCUCCCGCUCGUGGAUCGGCCCGGCGGGCGCCAAGCCAGGCGCAGGUUAUAAAGGCCGAGCUGUGACAGCUGACUGCUGUCCCAAGAUGCGCCCCAUGGAAUCGGGUGAGGGAUGCGCCGGGGAUGGGCCCGGGAACUCCCCAGCGAUCACCCCCGCAUCCCCUCCCGCAGACAGUCCCGCUCCAGAGCCCUCCGCCGAGCGGGCACCCACUGCGGGACAGGGGGAAGGGUCCGGAUCCCCUUCUGUCGCGGGACCCCCAGCCGGAGCUUGCCCGGCUCCCGAGGCUGGAUCAGAGGCGGGAGCCCCACGCGCGACCUCAUUCGCGCCAGUCCAAGGGGAUGCCCAGUCUGUGACCAGCAACUCGGACGCGCCGAAGACCCGCUUCAUAUCCCAAGGGUCUCCCCAGACCACUGAGCUGGGGACGCGAAACGCAGCGGACACCUGGAAGAUGCCAACUGCGUAUACUGGCCAGCAGUCGGGGGUAUCGUGCCCGGAGCGCUCCACCUUUAUUCCGGAGCAGGAGGAAGCACUGUGUCCUGACCAGCCCCUGCCAGCCAAGAAGAUCACCCCAGAGGAUGGCAAAGUGGUGACAGAGUUGCUAGAGGAGAGAGAGCGGGAUCCGGACACAGCAGCUCGCAUAGACCAGUCCCUGGUGAAACGGAACGACGUCCUGAUGGAGGAGAACAGCAAGCUGGAAGCCAUGCUGGGCUCGGCCAGGGAGGAGAUUUUACACCUCAGACGCCAGGUGAGCUUGCGGGAUGAUCUCCUUCAGCUCUACUCAGACUCUGAUGAUGAUGAGGAGGAGGAGGAGGAGGAAGAAGAGGAGGAAGAAGAGGAGGAAGAGGAGAAGCAGCAGCAUAAUCAUCCCCGUGAACCCCCUGAGCGGACACCGCUGCCCGAGCUGGAGCACCACUGCCCGCAGCUGGAAGCCCUGCAGGAGCAGCUGCGGCUGCUGGAGGAGGAGAACGGGCAGCUGAGGGAGGAGGUUUCUCAGCUUGAUGUCCUCGACGAGGAGAUGCUUAUUCUGCAAUGUGUGGAGCAGUUUGCGGAGGCCAGCCAGCAGAUGGCUGAGCUGUCGGAGGUGCUGGUGCUCAGGAUGGAGAACUAUGACCUGCAGCAGGAGGAGGUCACCCAGCUGCGGACCCAGGUCACCAGCCUGCAGGAGCGCUGCCAGUCGUAUGGAGCUGAGACGGAGAAGUUGCAGCAGCAGCUGGCUUCGGAGAAAGAAAUCCAGAUGCAGCUCCAAGACGAGCUGCAGGACCUCCGGGAGAAGUACAUGGAGUGCGGGGGCAUGCUGACCGAGGACCAGGGGGAUGGGAAGCCCCUCCGCCAGCGAGCCCCCGCGUCCAAGGACUCUGCCACCGGCUCUACACACAACGGCCCUCCGGAGGGGCUUCCAGAUGGGCAGGAGCCCCCGCCUGAGGAGCGCAGACGGUCUGUGAGGAGGAUUGUUCUGGACCCUCUGUUUAUUAUGGAAGGGUGUGAGCUGUACUGCAGCGACGAGCAGGAGCAGGAGCCGGAUCAGGAGCAGGAGCAGGAGCAGGGGUUCGAGGCUGAGGAGGGGUCCACGCCAGCAGAGGAGUUCACGCUGGUGGAGCUGUUGGUGCCUGAGGAGGAUCUGGGGGCCAUAGAAGAGGUAGUGCCGGCCGAGAACAGGGUGACAGAACACGCGGAGCUGGUGUUGGAGGAGGCUGAGGCCUGGGAGGAGGUAGAGCUGGAACUGGAUGAGACGGCCCCGAGGAAUGUGGUGACCUCGACCCUGGAGGCCACUAGCUUGGGCCUCUCACACCUGGACAUUAAGCAUGUCCUCCAGCAACUGGCCAACUGGCAGGACACCCAUUACAGGCAGCAGCCGAGGCAGAAGACACCCCAGAAAGGUGAGUGCUCCCAUGGCCUCCCUCCAGCCAACCGGACAAGCUGCAGAUCUUCAAGCCGAUGAAAGGUGAGGGUAGGUGAGCCCCCACCAAGUGCUCACUUACCCCAGCCUGGCCCCACCCAGUGUGCUGAUUUGCAUGGACUUUGUAUAUCACUUGCAUAGGCACCUCAAGUUCCCCUCAGCUGGGAUGGGCCCCAAUGCUCAUUUACAUGCAAUUUGCAUAGGAUUCCAGAUCUCCACCCCCUUUUCUCCUAGGGGCUGGGCUGGGGGUCAGGGCCAGGACUGUAGCUUCCCAUGCACCUCAGCUUCCUGUCUCUGCCCACCCCCUUCCCCCUGCCACUCUCAUUCUACCUCCCCC